AUGACCCGCCAGCCAGCGCCGAGGUGCCCGAUAGCACGACUACCCACCGAACUCCUACUCCAGAUUGUCCGCAUCGCCCGGGACGACCACGACGCCGACAUCCAGACCUACUCCACUUCCUGGCGCCCUCGAUCUCGUCAGAAUCCGGUUCUCGCGUUUUCGCACGUCUGUCGAGCUUGGCGACAGCUUGCUGAAACGACAGGGGAGCUGUGGAGCUCGCUUUACUUGGAUGGCGAGAUAGACGGAGCGGCCAGCGAGGCAAAGGCGCUGUGGUGGCAGCACCGAGCGGCUGGCGGCGUAGCGCGAGAGGGAACGGAGCCUGCGCGUGACGGAGGGAUCAGGUCGAUCUUCAUCACGCGAGCGCAAGACUACGCGACAGACGACUUUGCCUACCUCUGUGAAUCGCUCGACCUCGUCCAGCUCGUCCGCCUUCGCCGCGCCCACAUUUCCUGGAUGGGCGGCGGUCCUCCAGUUGACGAACAUCGACAGCUUCAGUCAUUCUUCCGCUUCCUCCUCUCUUCCGCCCCGACCCUCACGUCGCUUUCGCUCCACACCCCUUCACACCUUCGCAUUCUUUUCAGCCUACCCCGCUUCGGAGCUACGUUCUCCGCUCUAACCGACCUCGAGGUUCGUUCUUGCAAGAUCUCGUCACCAGCGUCCGACGCGUACCUCUUGCCCGCCUUCCUGCCGCGAUACUCGGGCGAGACCGACUGGGCGCCUCUCACAUCGCUUCGACGACUCAUCCUCGUCGGUCCAAUCUGGCGCCUCCGUUUCCGCGACGGUACAGUUGCUUCGCCCACCCUCUCCUCCGCCGACGUCCCUUGCCUCGAGUACGCCCAACUCUCGUCCACCACCCCGCCCGUCCACUGGGACAUCCUCUCGCACUCCAACGGAACCCUCCGACACCUCGCUCUCGAAGACCACUUCGAUCACCCUACCCUGCCCAAUCCCGACACCGCCGCUUCUUUUCCCAACCUCGUCUCGCUCAAGUUGACGAGAUCAGCUCCCCUCGUCACUCGGCUCUUCGACCUCGCAGUCAGCCUGCCCGGUGCUCUCGCCUUCGAGAACUUGAUCGAGCUCGCUUUGCCGGGCGCGAGACUCCAGCAGAAAUACCUCAACCUGUUCGGAGGCGACUUGGCGCCGCACUUGCGCACGCUCGAUCUGUCCGACACGACUGCUGCGCCACUUCAUCCUCUAAACGGAGAUCGGCCAGUUUCACUGAACUUGCCGCACCUCCCAGCACUCGAGACCCUUCUCGCCUACCGCGUUGAUUGGACGUCGCCGGCCCUAAUCCUCGAGACGAUGGAGAACGGCCACCUGCCCCGCCUCUCCGCCCUCGGCACCGAUCUCACCUUCAGCCUCUUGGGUGAAUGGAAGAUGCGGGACCGUAGGAUAGCGCUCGUGAGCGAAGAGGGUGAUGUGUAUGAUUGA